AGUUUCCUUCUUCCAUCUUGAGAUAAGUGUUCAAAGUUAUACCACUCAUCAAAGUCAUUUCAAUUGCUCUUAUUGUGUGAUCUCUUUGUUCCUUUAAGAAAGUUAUUGUAUUGUUUAUCAUGGCACCACAUGGAGAGGCUAUUGCUAGCUCUUACAGUAGAAGCAACAACUUCUCCAAGCCACCAAGACUCUCAUCCGAUAGCCUUAAAAGAACAGUUUCAGACAUUUCAUUCGAGCUUAGCAAAGAAGGGAUUGAUUUAACAGCACUCCCACCAAUAUCCGAGGUUGAAAAUGCAAGGUGCGAGUGCUGUGGCAUGUGCGAGGAGUGCACGCCGGAGUACAUUGAGAGGGUGCGAAACAAGUUCUCCGGGAAGUGGAUAUGUGGGCUGUGUACUGAAGCAGUGAAGGAAGAGAUGGAGAAGAAUGGAGGGAAGAGAGAAGAGGCUUUGAGUGCACAUAUGAGUGCAUGUGUUAGGUUUAACAAGUUUGGUAGGGCUUAUCCAGUUUUGUUCCAAGCUGAGGCCAUGAGGGCAAUGUUGAAGAAGAGCAAAUUGGAAGGGAGAGGUGUGAGGGGUAAGUCUAUUAGUCCUAGAGACAAAGGAGGGCAAAAGAAGGGUGGGAUUGCUCGAAGUUCAAGUUGUAUUCCAGCGAUCACAAGGGAGAUCAGUGAUCUCACCAUGGCCAAUUGAGCCUUUAAAAGGCUCUUGCAUUCCUAUCUAUCUUUGGAGGGACAUGAUUCUUUAUAUUUGUGAACAUGUUCCUUCUCUAUUCUAACUAGUAUAUAUAUAUUUCUCCAUUUAAACCUUUUUAAAGCCCUAUGCUUGGAUUUUGCUAAUUCCACAAUGAAAAUCCAGAUGUCCCUCCUUAAGCUUGGAUACUCUUUCACCAUCUAUUCUGUGGACCAACCAUUUAGUUACCUUACCAAGGUUUUUUUUGAGUUAGUCCUAAGUUUUAGUGCAUCUUUCUUCUAUGGGGCUUUUUGACAAUUCCUUGCGUGAUUUGGUUCUGACUUUCCCAUCUCUUAUACCUUCUAGGGUUAUGUAGUAAACGAGGUUCAAAACCUUAAAUCUCACCCCUCCAAGGUUUUUAUGGGUUGGACCAAAUGCUCAUUUACAAGCCAUUUACCCUACUUUUUUACCUUCCCUUUUUUUGGGUUAUGGGCACUCUGUCAGUCUUUCUUAUUCCCUUGCUAGUUCAUGCAUGUUAACUAUAAAUAUGGUCAUCCAACAAUUACGUAUAUGCCAAAUUAACGUCAGUGAUUGUGUUACAUUAAACUUACAAUCUGUGAGUAACAAAGGCUUUAGUUGUUAGAUGUUGUGAAGAGCUGCCACCAUAUGUUCCUCACUUUUACUCUAACCUCAGGGUCAUCAGUAUUUGUAACCAGGCAUAUCCAGUUUGUGGGUGCUAGAAUAUUAAACAUGUAUCUCUAGAUUCUCUUCAAUAAAGUACUUUCAUUUUACUUGUA